AUGCUGUCUAGAAUUGUCCGUCGGCCAUUAUCGACACGGCUUCCCCGGACAUCAAUAAGAGCGGAUUCCGGACUGCUAUCGAGUCCUAGGCAGUUCUCACAGCUGCCGUCUGCCAGACAUUCCACAUCACGAUGGACCCCAUCAAGGCCGAGUGCUCUAGCUUCGCGUUCCUCGAUUGCUAUUAAAGCAUCUACAAUCCCUUCAAUUCGCUUUGCAUCCACCGAUGCCGCCGCUCCUUCGACGAGCACCCCACCACCCAACAUUGACCUCUCCAAUUUCGCCCAAGAAGCCGAAACUCAUUCUACUUCCUUCGUCGACCGUUUCCUCCCUGCCAUCCCUUCGGUCCAUGGAGUCACAGACCAUCCGCCCGACACAAUUGGUUAUCUCUACGCCCUUGGUUUGGAUAAUGGCUGGGGCCCCACUACGGUCAUGCAAAAUGCCCUUGAAGCCCUCCACGUCUACACGGGCGCCCCCUGGUGGGCCGCUGCGGUCCUGGCGACCAUCACUCUGCGUGCUAUCUUCCUCCCUAUCUUCAUCAGUGUCUCCGAUAAUACCGCCCGAAUGAAGGAACUCCAGCCCCUCCUACUCCCUUACAUGGAACGUCAAAGAAAUGCGAUCAAAAACUCGGAUCUUCAAACACAGCAACAGAUAAGGACCGAAAUCAUGGGUCUUUACAAACGCGCUGGCGUGUCCCCGUUCAAAUCGUUGUCCAAUCUUGUACAGAUUCCAUUCCAGUUCGGAUCUUUCAUGAUCCUAAGACAGAUGGCAUACCUCCCUGUUCCCGGCUUGGAGCAUAGCGGCAUCCUAUGGUUUCAGGAUCUGACCAGCGCGGAUCCAUUUUUCUUACUACCAGCAUUAUCUAGCGGUUUCCUUUACUUAAGUAUGAAAUUCGGUGCAGCCGAUAUGCCUAGCCAACAAGUUGGCAAUAUGAUGAAAUAUAUCAGGAUUGGUCUACCACUAUUCAGUUUGGGUAUUACAUGCACUAUGCCAUCUCUCCUAACCCUCUACUUCCUCACCGCCUCCUUCCUCGGUUUCAUCCAAGCCCUAAUCAUCCGUUCCGAAAAAACCAGAGCCUGGCUAGGGAUUUACCCUCUAAAUAGGCCAGAAAUUGCAAAACCACUCGUCAAAUCAAAUCUCUCCCCGGAAGCUCUCGCGAGGAUCAAAGCUGAUGAGACUAUCGUUAAAACCGAAAAGGAUCGGCGGAUGAGAGAGUCAAAGGGCGGGAUGCUCGCCACGGCGAUGGGAACAAAGGGCGGGCUCAUGGAUGGUGUUAGGGAGCAGAUGAAGAAUAGCUCGGAAGAGAAAAAGCAUAAAGAGUAUGAGAGAAGAGCAAAAGAGGAAGACGAGUACAGGAAGGUUAUGGGCAGGAGGUAG